UUCCGAAACCGUUUGUAUACCGGGCCUAGGCAGUUGAGUGCAUUGCUCUAGGGCAACGAAAUCCAAAAGUUGUUUGCGGCAUUGAAUGUUAGGUGUUGUCUUUUUAGACUUCUGCCUCGUCAAAAAAGCUAAAAUAUGUCGGCGACAAACUCUACUGUAAGUUCUGGUUUGUCAACAACUGCAAGCGCUGUGCCCCAAAGUCAAAGUCAUACGCACCCACAAGCAGGAACUGCCUCUGCAUCGGUACAACUCAGCUCCGAUUCUAACUCGUCCAAACGGUCUGGUAAAAGGAAAGUUAAGCAAGAACCGCCAAUUUUCAGUACAUUUUCGAAUACAUUCACAGACAAGAAUAAUGAUUUUGUUUGUCCAGUUUGCUUUGAAAUGAUUAAGGAAGCAUACAUGACCAAAUGUGGACAUAGUUUUUGUUAUCAGUGCAUUGUAAGUAGUUUGGAAGAGAGCAACAGAUGCCCAAAAUGCAACUGCAUCAUUGAGAGAAAAGAUCAAAUUUUCCCAAAUUUUCUUUUAAAUGAUGUUAUUUUGAAGUAUAAGCAAGGAAAGAUCUUGCCGAAAAGGAGAAAAAAGGAAGGUGCAGCAAAUUAUGUUGCUGAAUUGAAAGAAAUGAUAUCUGCUGAAGGCCUGGAACUCUCUGAUGUUAAGUUUUUGCUUGGUGCACUGCAAAGGAGAAGAGAUUUACUUGAAUCUGAUGGUAAAGCUGCACAAUUGGAGAUCUUAAAAGAUUUUCUUAAUCAAGUUAAGCAGCACAAACAAGAGCAAAUGGAUGGGUUAAUGAAGGAAGUCAAAUGGCUGGAUGAAGAUUUAGAUAGAGUUAGGAAGAAAAUUACGAACCACAACACGGAAUAUCAAAACCUUUCAUUGCCACAUGUUGUGCCAACUACACCUACUGGACCACCUCCGCUUAGCCUUUCAAGCUCCAGCUUUCAAGUUGAUGAAUCUUCGUAUGAUUGCCAGGAAGGAUUCAAUGCUAGCCGAUGCGGUAAUCAGCCAGCCAUGUCAUCAGCAACUUUGGCCGCUAGACGCAAGCGAGUCCACAUGCAUUUCGAAGACUUAGAAUCGUGCUACUUCAAUUUGAGACACGGCAAAAUGAGUUGUGAUAAAGGAGAUGAUGUUUUGGGAACUUUCGCUGACAACCUUUUAAAGUUUACUCGAUACAGCGAAUUCAGACCCCUAGCAACUUUGAGCUACGCAAGCGAUAUCUACAAUGGGUCUAGCAUCGUUUCAAGCAUUGAGUUCGACCGUGACUGCGAUUUUUUCGCUAUUGCUGGAGUUACAAAAAAGAUCAAGGUUUUUGAAUAUAAUCAGGUGGUCAGGGAUGUUGUUGAUAUUCAUUACCCUGUGCAUGAAAUGACUUGCAACUCCAAAAUAAGCUCCAUAGCUUGGAACCACUAUCACAAAGGUAUGCUUGCUAGCAGCGAUUACGAAGGUUCCGUGACCCUGUGGGACGCAUUUACUGGUACUCAUACAAGACUCUUUCAAGAACAUGAAAAACGAUGUUGGAGUGUUGAUUUUAAUACAGUGGAUCCAAAGCUUAUCGCCUCAGGGUCUGACGAUGCUAAAGUAAAACUUUGGGCAACCAAUAUGGAUCAUUCCGUGUCAACUUUGGAAGCUAAGGCAAACGUUUGUUGUGUUAAGUUCAAUCCAGAAAGUAGAUAUCAUUUGGCUUUUGGAUCUGCAGAUCAUUGUGUUCAUUAUUAUGACCUCCGAAAUAGCAGGAAGCCUUUGGCAGUUUUCAAAGGACAUCGAAAGGCUGUCUCAUACGCAAAAUUUGUCACACCAAACGAAGUAGUUUCUGCAUCGACGGACAGUCAGUUAAAAUUGUGGGAUAUUUCAAAACAGCAGUGCCUAAAGACUUUCAAGGGUCACAUGAAUGAGAAAAAUUUCGUAGGACUUGCAACUAAUGGAGAUUACAUUGCUUGCGGAAGCGAAAAUAAUUCCCUCUGUGUAUACUACAAAGGUGUUUCCAAACAACUGCUGUCAUUCAAGUUCGACACCAUUCGUAGUGUAUUGGAACGUGAUAAGAAAGAAGAUGACGUCAAUGAGUUCGUGUCUGCUGUGUGCUGGAAACCCGAUUCAAAUAUCGUUGUUGCUGCAAAUAGCCAAGGAUCAAUCAAGGUCUUGGAACUGGUUUGAUAUAAUUGGAAAUGCGGUAACUUCAUUCGCCGUUUAAAAUUUGAAUUCGUUUUGUAUAUUUGUGUGUAUCUGGCGUACCAGGGUUGAUUUGUCUUUCUGUACUACUUCUGUGACGAGUAAUUAAUGUUCAGAGAUGCCUGGUGUUGCAUGCAGUGCUGGAUGAAAGUCUCGAUUUCAUUUGAGCAAGACAGUGCCAUGUUUGUUCUAAUUUUUCGUUAAGAAUGAAAUGUUAUAUCAAGCUCCUACUUGGCUCGGUUAUGCCGGGUCAAGGUAGCUAUUAACACCCUGAGAGUCCCUAUUCGACUUUUCCAAAUACAGCAGUAUCCGCAUCGGCUGCUGCAUCCGCCGUCUCUGAGGCACUUUGUCUUUUGGAAAUUUAAUCUAAGUUCUUCGUGCUAAUUUAAUGUACUGCACACGUCCAAUGAACAAUUUCAUUCAGUGACAAUUAUAUUUUCAUUAGUAUUAUUAAAUUGGGACAGUUCUCUGGAAUUGAUUAAUUACUAGCUUACAUUAAUUUGGUCGAGUAUUGUCGUUUAAUUUUUAAAAUGAUUGAUUUUAUAGUUAUCUAAAAAAAUUGUGUCCAUUCCUUGUAAGAAUUACUUUGAAUUAAAAAUUAUCUUAUGGUUA